AAAUUAAAAAGCAUCUAAUUUAGGAAAAAAACAAUAAUUAGUCGAAUAAUGAAGGACUAAUUUUUAGUUUUAAGGAAAUAAAGUAAGCACACACACGUUAGAGAGAAAGACCGUUCCAGAUUGCCACGUCAUCGUCUCCUCGGAACGAAUUUCUGCAAAACCUGAAACGUGCACUCUCUCUUUCUCGCUCCUCUCUUCAUUCGUUUCUCUCUCGAUUUGAAGAGAGAAAAAAUUCGUUCGAUUUCGUUUUUUUCCUGGAAAAUUUUGGAAUCGUUGUUGAGUCUCUACCGUGUUGUGGUCAACCAUGAAUAUCUUUAGAUUUGCUGGCGAUAUGAGUCACUUGAUCAGUGUCUUAAUCCUUCUUCUCAAAAUCUACGCGACGAAAUCUUGCGCUGGAAUUUCUCUCAAGACUCAAGAGCUAUAUGCGCUUGUGUUCUUGACUCGGUACUUGGAUCUGUUUACGGAUUAUGUAUCUCUGUACAACAGCGUGAUGAAGAUUGUCUUCAUUGCUAGCUCUUUGGCUAUCGUUUGGUGUAUGCGUAGGCAUCCUCUUGUGCGGAGGUCAUACGAUAAGGACCUGGAUACAUUUCGUCAUCAAUAUGUUGUGUUAGCAUGUUUUGUUCUGGCACUUAUCCUGAAUGAAAAAUUCACUUUUCAAGAGGUGUUCUGGGCGUUUUCUAUCUACUUAGAGGCAGUUGCUAUCCUUCCCCAGUUGGUUCUGCUACAGAGAAGUGGGAAUGUCGACAAUUUGACUGGGCAAUAUGUUGUUUUUCUCGGGGCGUAUCGUGGACUCUAUAUCAUCAACUGGAUCUAUCGCUAUUUCACAGAAGAUCAUUUCACUAGAUGGAUUGCUUGUGUGUCCGGUCUUGUCCAAACAGCUCUCUACGCGGAUUUCUUCUACUACUACUACAUAAGCUGGAAAACCAACACCAAACUUAAGCUUCCGGCUUGAAAAGAACCCGAAUUUUUUUGCAAUAGUAUCAAUAUCCAGGAAGUUACAGUUACCGAAAAGAGAGACAUGGUUAAUAUUUGGUUUCUCCCUCUUUCUAACAAUGAGUUGAAAUUGAAUGAUGCAGGAUUGUUGUUUAAAAUGUUCCUUUUUUAGUCUUUUAAUGCACAUUGUAACUUUCCCAACGAUUUUAGACCUUGAGAAGAGGCUUAGUUUUAUCAAAACUAGUCUUAAUAGAUAACACACAAACUCUGUUUCUUU